GCGGAAUUUAAGAACCAACUUCACAACCUCAUCAAUCAUGAGCGCGAAGAAGAAGGUGCAGAAGCAAAUGGAGUUCUACUUGAGUCCGUCGAACCUUCGGCAAGACAAGUUCCUCCAGCAACAAAUGCAACUUGAUACGGAAGGAUUCAUCUCCCUCGAUGUGUUUCUCUCGUUCAACCGCAUGAAGUCGCUGGGGGCAACCAUGCGCAUGCUCACGGAAGCCAUCCAGAAGUCCUCCGCGUUGGUCCUUAACGACGAGCAGACACAUGUCCGACCAAAGGAAUUCCCAACCAAGGACGGAGACGACAGUCUUGAUCGGACCAUUUACAUCGAGAAUUUCCCCUGUGGUUCCGACCACGACCAUCUUCGCCGUCUCUUUGCGCCCUUCGGAAAAGUCAAUUUGGUCAGCAUGCCUCGCUUCCCCGGAUCUCAAAAGUUCAAAGGGUUUGCCUUCGUCGAAUUCGCGGUCGCCGAGGCUGUCGAUGCCGCAUUGGCGGCGCUGAAGGCUGCGACCGAGGACUCGCAUCCAAACUUGGUCGCCAUCAAAGGCAUGUCCAAGACAAAGUGGCUGCAGCUGCGAGACAGUCUCAAGGAGCGAAUACAACACGUUCCGUCCCAAACCACGUCCGGGACGUUGAAGCAAGCGGUGGAAGCCGCCGCCAACGCGUCGUCCCCCCAUGACUUUUUCACACGAGGGCUUCUGGUUCGAUUGUCCAACGUCCCUUCCGACAUGCCACGGAAAGACAUCAAGGCGGCGCUGGAAAUCGCGGCUCCUGUGGCGUUCUUGGACGAUUCCAAGCUCAAAUUUGGCGGCGACGUCGCGUUUGCUCGGUUCUUGUCCACUUCCCACUCCCACCGAGGUACGUAGUCGAGUGUUACUCCCGUUUUUCACAAAGCAGCAUCCUCACUCGACAUGGUGCAGUGUUAGACACGUUCCAUCGAGCCCCGCUAACCCUCAAGGGCAACGACAUUACGAUCGACCUCGUGACGGGCGACGACGAGGUCGAGUAUUGGACCGCUCUCGUCAACCACGCGUCCUCGUCAAAAGGAGGAGCUACUGCCGCCACCGUCCACGUGUCCAAGCCAGCCAAGGCCGUGAUCCACGACACCCACGUGCAUUUCAACGACGACCCUACGACGCCCCCCCACAAACGCCAAAAGCAAAACCCCGAAACCCCGAAACGCUAACAAGUUGGGAUUGAUUUUUAAAUGCGAAAGCACGCGUUGUCAAUGUGCUCGACGUUGUACGCUUCCGCCACUCGCUUGAUCAUGUUCUUGCGGUUGGUGCUGUUGACGUUGUCGCAGACGAGGUCGUACAGAGUGCUCAGAUUGAACACGACGGCGCUGUGCAGGUGCCGCCGCGGGUCGGACUGCAGCACCGUCUCAAGGACCGUCACGGCCGUCUGCACCUGGCACGAGUACAAUGCGCAGAUGCUCAUGUUGUUGGCCGCACUCGACACGACGUCCCCAUCGUCCCACCAUGCGAAACACUCGUCGCCCCAGUCGUCGUCGGGGUCGUCGUCGCCACUACAUACAGUACGUACCACACUCUGUCACACACAAAGCAAGGAAUGUGGAUAUCAACACGUUAGCAUCAUGUACCUACCUGUACACACCCAGAAUCGUGUUGAACGCAUCCAGCGCUUCCUUGAACUAGAAGCCCCCUCGUGUUUCUUGUGAGAAUAACGCAUAUAGGUACACUAUAUAGACGACUUGUGGACAUUAUAUCUUGUAC